CAAUGUUUUCCGAUUAUGCAGUAUGUCCGGCCAAGGACCCUAGUUUGUAUCCGCUGUGAUAAAGCCACUCGAUUCACUUCCUGUAGUAUCUUUGUUAAAUUUCUCAUAAACUUCUUCUUGUCAGUCUUUUAGUUUAGAAUGACUGCACUAAGUGGUUUUGUUGAAUUUUUCCAGAAAGGAAAGACAUUCAGACCAAAAAAGAAGUUUGCUUAUGGAACGCUGCGAUAUUCACUGCAUAAGCAAGCACAAGCUUCUCUAAAUUCUGGAAUUAAUUUGCGAUCUGUUGUUAAAUUACCUGCUGGUGAAGAUUUGAAUGAUUGGAUUGCAGUGCAUGUGGUAGAUUUUUUUAACAGAAUAAAUCUUAUAUAUGGUACCAUAUCUGAAUAUUGUGACUCAGCAUCAUGUCCUGCGAUGAGUGGUGGAUCAAGAUUUGAAUACUUAUGGGCAGAUGGAGAUAAGUACAAGAAACCGACAGCACUGCCAGCACCGCAAUAUGUUAGUCUUUUGAUGGAUUGGAUUGAAGCUCAGAUUAAUAAUGAAACUAUAUUUCCUGUAUCAACUGAUGUACCUUUCCCAAAGACCUUUAUACCCCUCUGCAGAAAAAUUUUAACUCGACUAUUCAGAGUAUUUGUACAUGUAUAUAUACAUCAUUUUCAUCGUAUUGUGACUAUCGGAGCAGAGGCACAUGUUAAUACGUGCUAUAAACACUUUUACUAUUUUGUCACUGAAUUCGAUCUGGUGAAUUCCAAAGAAUUGGAGCCUUUGGCUGAAAUGACCUCAAAGGUUUGUAAGGAUACAACAUCACCGACACAAGUCACGGCACCUACAAAUAGCCAUUCUAGGUAGUUGUUUAAAAGUACGAUAUUUGCAGUACAAAACAAUAUAGAACGAUAGUUACAAGCCGUCAACUAUGAAAUUGGAACGCUUCACACUUAAAGCUAAAGGGUUUGACCCAAAUCUCAAUUAUAUUUAUAACAAGCUAUCUGAUUUACCUUUCACUUUUGAAAAACAAUGAAAUUAAUAUUUGCCACCCAUGAUAUUGAUUUUGAAUAGAAAUUGUAAUAUUUAACUUUAUGAAUCAAAACUAUGAAUUAUUUAAUUACAAUAACAGCCACAAGAAAGUUAAAAUUUAGUUUUCUUUUCUAAUUAAAUAAACUAUUUUAGUAAAUUGCGCUUAGUACUUUUAUAUAAUAUGAGCAAUAACGACGAGAAUUUGCAUAUAUAUAUACAUUUUAUGGAAUAUAAGCGGUGAAAGAAAAAUUAUGUUAGCUCGCGAAAUCUCGAGUAUUCUGUCGAAAUAAAAAGAGAAGUAACUUAUAAGCUUUUUAAACGAACUUGGCUUUUGUAUUCAAAUAUUAAAAUUACAUAUUUAUAACUGCAUAAUGAGAAGCAUAAUACUAUAAUGUAAGACUAAACUCUCAGUAUAGAUUAUUCAUAUUUUUGGUUCACAAUUUGUUUAAACUAUAACAUAUUGGCUAUGGCGUAAACAAUGCUAUUGCAAAACGAUCUAGAAAGUUUCAAGCAUAAGUACUAUUUUUUUUAAUGAAUGAAAAAAUCAAGUUCUACUAGGUAUAUACACUCAAUAGCAUCUUGUAUUGGCAUUUAAUAUUGUUGUGUAACAUGGCGUCAUACCGUUUACUUAUAUAAGAUCUAGAAAAUGAAUUAUUUUCACUACUAAUUACCGUACUAGGCUUAAUUGUGAUUGAUAUUAGUGUUGUCAUAAUAAUUUGUAAUUACUUAAUUUCUCUAGUCAGUAUUAAAUCAAAACUUGUGUUUAUGUUGAGAAUUUA